AUGCUCCCACAACCCCAGCCAGCGCAGGGCAAGCGACCCUCGCUCAAACGUCUACACGUCCUGCUCAUCGCCUUUGCCGCACUCGCUUUCCACCUCUGGCUCGCCGCCAAGCUAGCCUCUUUCCAGGACAGCCUCGGGACUACACUCGGCGACUCGGGAGGCGGCGCGAGAGGCGGAGACGAUGCGAGAGACCUUGAAGGAGCGGAGUGGAGGAGGUUGGAUGGGGUCAGGACGCUACUAGGGAUCGGGAGGUUGUGGGCUUGGUGCUCGGUUGGCAUUGCUUGCAUUGGCGUAUGGGGACUUGCACAGGACCACCUCCCCUUCGUCCGCCUCUUCAUGCUCAACUCGUUCCUCUCCCUCGCACUCGACACUUUCCUUGUGGUCCUCGUCAUCCUCCUCCUGACACUCUCAUCCCCCACAUCCGCCUCACUCGCCACGACUCUUUGCCAAGCACUCUCCUCCGCUCCGUCCGCCUCGUCGUCCUUCUCCCUCUCGUUCGGUUUGCCCGACCUCCUUGGUCUCUCGCUCGAAGCGUGCGAAGAACGCUUCGAGGGAGUCGUCGUUUCGGCGCUUGCGACGUUGGCGGUUGUCGAGGGAUUGAGGGGCUGGGGAGCAGUCAAGGUGUUGCAGUUCUACGCCGCGCUGGCGCAGCGCAAGAACGGCGCGCGCCACGCCAGGCAGGGUAGCGAGGAAGGGAGAAGGCAUGCGAGGAGGGGCGAAGGGGAAGACGGGCAGUACUGCGACUCGCCUGUCGAGUUGGAGUCGGGUCCUGCGCUGCACCGCAGUCCCAGCGGGCGGAAGAGGCGGUCCGAGUCGGACGCUGCUGAGAGGCGCAGGAGGGAGCGGAGUAGUAGUGGAGCGAGCUUGAGCGGAGGAGGGCAGAAGCGACUUGAGAAGGAGACGAGGAUCUUCCUCCUCCCUAGGCCGGAGGAACGGUCUGGCGGACGUGCGGCGAGGCAGGAGGGCACGGCGGAUGGCGUGCCGUUGUUGUCGUUGACGGCGAGCUCGCCCGUCAGGUCGAGCUUUCCUCCGCCACCUAAGCAGGGGCAUGGGUCGUCGCAUCUUGCGUCGAGCGGUAGGCGGGUGCUCGUGUAUGCGCCGGUCAUGGUCUCCCCGGAAGAAGCACGCUCGCUCGGCGCGACAGAACUAGUUCUGCAAGGCGGCCGGCCUCCCGCCGUGCGCUCGCAGUCGCACCAUGCUCAACCUUCCGUCAGCUCCUCCGCCUCGUCUUCGGGUCGCUCGGCCCGCUCUCGCUCCUCGACUAUCACGCCCUCCUCAGCUACCCUUACCGCUCCUUCCUCCUCACACCUCUCGAUCGACACGACUCGCGGUUCUCCUCCUUCUCGCCAAGACUCGGACGGCCUGCGCACGCCUAUCGCGCUGCAUUCCACCGGGUUCGCGGCUGCGUUGCGGGAGGAGUGGGAGGGAGAACCGGUCAAGGGGCUCAAGGCGGCAUAG